AAGGCUUACAGACAAGAUUGUGAAACGUUUGCAACUGUUACGAAGUUAUUGAUAAGUAAGGAUCCGUUGUUAGAAGAACGCAUCCAGAAGAGUCUUCGUGAAAACCUGAGAGACAUUGGACACAGAUGUGUGCAGGAACUGAGAGAGUUUGUUGAUCACAUUAAGAACAGCGAUGUUGAAGACGUUGAUGACAUUGUUAGUCGUGGAAUCAGGGAUAUAUCAGAUUUCUAA